AUGCUUUUUCAACAACAACAAUUCAUCCGCCUUGAAGAAGAGGAGACUGGAGAGCUGAUUAACACCAGAGAAAGACCAGAUUCAGAGGAACCAGAGACGUCCAAACCAGCAAGACGAUUCCACUGCACCCACUGUGGAAAAGGUUUUAAUCAGUUAAGGGACCUGAAACGACAUGAGAGAAUACACAGAGGAGAUAAGCCUCAUCACUGCUCCCAGUGUGGAAAGAGUUUUACCCAGUUAGGACACCUGAAAGUGCAUGGGAGAAUACACACAGGGGAAAAGCCUCAUCACUGCUCCCAGUGUGGAAAGAGUUUUAACCAGAAAGAAUACCUGAAAGAGCAUGAGAGAAUACACAGGGGAGAACGAAAGAAGACAUACCGCUGCUCCCACUGUGGAAAGGGUUUUAACCAGUUAGGGGACCUCAAACGACAUGAGACAAUACACACAGGGGAGAAGCCUCAUCACUGCUCCCAGUGUGGAAAGGGUUUUAACCAGUUAGGGGACCUCAAACGACAUGAGAGAAUACACACAGGGGAGAAGCCUUUCCAAUGCUCCCAGUGUAGAAAGAGUUUUACCCAGUUAGGGAGCCUAAAAAUACAUGAGAGAAUACACACAGGAGAUAAGCCUCAUCACUGCUCCCAGUGUAGAAAGAGUUUUAACCGGAAAGAAUACCUGAAAGAGCAUGAGAGAAUACACACAGGGGAGAAGCGAGAUAAACCUUUCCAAUGCUCCCAGUGUGGAAAGAGUUUUUCACAGUUAGGGAACAUGAAACAACAUGAGAGGACACACACAGGAGAGAAGCCUCAUCACUGCUCCCAGUGUGGAAAGAGUUUUACCCAGUUAGGACACCUGAAAGUGCAUGAGAGAAUACACACAGGGGAGAAGUGCUACCACUGCUCCCAAUGUGAAAAGAGUUUUGCCUGGUUAGGGUACCUGAAAAUACAUGAGAGAAUACACACAGGAGAGAAGCCUCAUCACUGCUCCCGGUGUGGAAAUAGUUUUACCCAGUUAGGUCACCUGAAACAGCAUGAGAGAAUACACACAGGGGAGAAGCCGUACCACUGCUCCCAAUGUGAAAAGAGUUUUGCCUGGUUAGGUCACAUGAGAAGACAUGAGAGGACGCACACAGGAGAUAAGGAUGUAGGCUGCUGAACAGUGGGACAUAGGACAGAUGUAGGCUGAACAGUAGGACAUAGGACAGAUGUAGGUCCAAUACAUGGUGGAUCAGUAGGCCGUAGAGACUCUGAAUGUGUCUUGUGUAUUGACUUUCCAGUGUUUUCCGUACUGAAGUAGAGUGAUGAAGUAGAGUGAUGGAGUGCUGCAUCAGAUGACCUGGCCUCCACAAUCACCCGACCUGAACCUAAAUUG